AUGACCACCAUUAUCGGAGUAUUGUUGGGGCCUGCGGACAUAGUCAUCACACGACCGAUAUUGCAUACUCGUUUAACAAGGGUUCUCGGAUGCAAGUUGGGGUUCGAUGUGGAUGAUCGCAGUCCACUUCAGGAUACUGUGUGUUUCUGGGAAAUCCUAUCUCCUGAGCUCCGAAAGCGCAAGAACAACCGUACAAAUAAAGAUUUAUGCGUGGAGAAGCUUUCACUUGUCCUCCCUGAUAGACCACCUUAUGUUCCGAGGGAGUUUGAUCGGUGUGCUGUUGCUGGCAACUCAGGUGAUCAUCUAAAAAUGAGGUUUGGGAAAGAGAUAGAUAGCUACGAAAACUAUACCGAAUAUGUUGGCAAGAAAAGUACAAUCCGGCUUCUCAACAGAGAAUCUGCCAGAAGUCUUGAUAAAGUUGUAGAAUUAGAUGCAACAAGGAAGAAGGUCUUGAUAAUCAAAACUAUGAUUCAUGAUUUUUAUGAGUCAAAUGAUUCGGGUUAG